AAUCCCCAAUCACAAGUCUCCGUGAACGGGCAGUGAGCUGGGAUAAUAAAACCCCUGACAUCACCAUUCCAGAAGCUUCAGAAGACUGCGUAUAUAAGGGGCUGGCUGUAGCUGCGGCUGAAGGAGCUGACCAGCCAGCUGAGUCCCCACACUCGCCCAGCCACCAUGGACAUCGCCAUCCACCACCCCUGGAUCCGCCGCCCCUUCUUUCCUUUUCACUCUCCCAGCCGCCUCUUUGACCAGUUCUUUGGCGAGCACCUGUUGGAGUCUGAUCUCUUCCCAGCUUCUACUUCCCUGAGCCCCUUCUACCUUCGGCUGCCUUCGUUUCUGCGGGCACCCAGCUGGAUUGACACUGGGCUCUCAGAGAUGCGGCUGGAGAAGGACAGAUUCUCUGUCAACCUGGAUGUGAAGCACUUCUCCCCAGAGGAACUCAAGGUCAAGGUGCUGGGAGAUGUGAUUGAGGUGCACGGCAAACAUGAAGAGCGCCAGGAUGAACACGGCUUCAUCUCCCGGGAGUUCCACCGGAAAUACCGGAUCCCAGCUGAUGUGGACCCUCUCACCAUUACUUCAUCCCUGUCAUCUGAUGGCAUCCUCACUGUGAAUGGACCAAGGAAACAGGUCUCCGGCCCUGAGCGCACCAUUCCCAUCACCCGUGAAGAGAAACCUGCUGUCACUGCAGCCCCCAAGAAGUAGAUGCCCUUUCUCUAACUGCAUUUUUUAAAACAAGAGAAUUUCCCCACCACUGAAUGAAAAUCUUGUGACUAGUGCUGAAGCUUAUUAAUGCUAAGGGCAGGCCCAAAUU